AUGAGUUACGGUAGGCCGCCGCCAGACGUGGAGGGGAUGACCUCCCUCAAAGUGGACAACCUAACUUACCGGACCUCGCCGGAGACGCUACGCCGCGUGUUCGAGAAGUACGGCCGCGUGGGCGAUGUGUAUAUCCCGCGGGACAGGUACACCAAGGAAAGCCGCGGCUUCGCAUUUGUACGCUUCCUCGACAAGCGCGACGCCGAGGACGCGAUGGACGCCAUGGACGGAGCGUUGCUCGACGGCCGUGAGCUCCGCGUGCAGAUGGCCCGCUACGGACGGCCGCCUGAUUCCAUGUACAGCCGGAGAGGACCUCCACCUCGAAGGUACAAAUACAGACGUUCGGCGAGCCCUCGCCGACGCAGACGGAGCCGUUCCAGGAGCAGGAGCCGCUCCCGAUCCAGGAGUCGCCGUCGUUACUCCCGCUCCAGGUCCCGCUCCGACUCCCGGUCCAGGUCCCGGUCCAAGUCUAAAUCCAGGACCCCGAGGCGGAGCAAAUCCAAGUCCCCUUCUCGGUCCAGGUCGAGAAGCCGGACCCCCGCCUCCAACCAUGGCUCCAGAUCCAGGUCUAAGUCCAAGAGCAAGAGCCGACCCAAGUCUCCAGAGGACAACGGAACAGAGCCUUAA